GGCUCGGAAGCAGCUCCAGCGACAUGUGCGGCGGGCGGGGAGGCAUCUGGCUGGCUCUGGCCGCCGCGCUGCUGCACGUGUCCCUGCAAGGCGAGUUCCAGAGGAGGCUGUACAAGGAGCUGGUCAAGAACUACAACCCGCUGGAGAGGCCGGUGGCCAACGAUUCGCAGCCGCUCACGGUGUACUUCUCUCUGAGCCUCCUGCAGAUCAUGGAUGUGGAUGAGAAGAACCAAGUUUUAACCACCAACAUUUGGCUGCAAAUGUCUUGGACAGAUCACUAUUUGCAGUGGAACAUGUCUGAGUACCCCGGAGUAAAGAAUGUUCGUUUCCCGGAUGGCCAGAUUUGGAAACCAGACAUUCUCCUCUAUAACAGUGCUGAUGAACGGUUUGAUGCCACCUUCCACACCAAUGUCUUGGUGAAUGCAUCUGGGCAUUGCCAAUACCUCCCGCCAGGCAUAUUCAAGAGCUCCUGUUACAUUGAUGUGCGCUGGUUCCCUUUUGAUGUGCAGCAGUGCAAACUGAAGUUUGGGUCCUGGUCCUAUGGUGGGUGGUCUUUGGACCUGCAGAUGCAGGAGGCAGAUAUCAGCAGCUAUAUUCCCAAUGGAGAAUGGGACCUCAUGGGAAUCCCCGGCAAGAGGAACGAGAAGUUCUAUGAGUGUUGCAAAGAGCCAUACCCAGAUGUUACCUAUACAGUAACUAUGCGCCGCAGGACGCUCUACUAUGGUCUCAACCUGCUCAUCCCCUGCGUGCUCAUCUCAGCCCUGGCUCUGCUGGUGUUCUUGCUCCCUGCAGAUUCUGGGGAGAAAAUCUCCCUUGGAAUAACUGUCUUGCUUUCUCUGACUGUCUUCAUGCUUCUUGUGGCUGAGAUCAUGCCUGCAACAUCUGAUUCCGUGCCCUUGAUAGCACAGUACUUCGCCAGCACCAUGAUCAUCGUGGGCCUGUCUGUGGUGGUGACAGUGAUUGUGCUGAGAUAUCACCACCAUGACCCCGAUGGAGGCAAAAUGCCCAAGUGGACCAGGAUCAUUCUUCUGAACUGGUGUGCGUGGUUCCUGCGCAUGAAGAGGCCUGGAGAGGACAAGGUGCGGCCUGCUUGUCAGCACAAGCCUCGCCGCUGCAGCCUGGCCAGUGUUGAGCUGAGCGCAGGGGCCGGGCCACCCACCAGCAAUGGCAAUCUGCUCUACAUUGGCUUCAGAGGCCUGGAGGGCAUGCACUGUGCCCCAACUCCAGACUCUGGGGUUGUGUGUGGCCGUUUGGCCUGCUCUCCAACACAUGAUGAGCACCUCAUGCAUGGUACGCACCCCUCUGAUGGGGACCCCGACCUGGCCAAGAUCCUGGAGGAGGUCCGCUACAUCGCCAACCGCUUCCGCUGUCAGGAUGAGAGUGAAGUGGUCUGCAGUGAGUGGAAGUUUGCAGCCUGCGUGGUGGACCGCUUGUGCCUCAUGGCCUUUUCAGUCUUUACCAUCAUCUGCACCAUUGGCAUCCUUAUGUCAGCACCAAAUUUUGUGGAGGCUGUGUCCAAAGACUUUGCUUAAUAUAAUUGCAUAGGAAAUGCACAGAUAAGGAGGAUGAGAAUUGGGGUCCUAACCCCAUAUUACGCUAAAUGGAACAACUCUGAAGUAUCUAGUAGCUGCCAGUCUUGAGAAUUUGUUUCCUGGUUACUUUAACUAAAAAGAUCCCAGCACCCUUCUUUUUACUCUUUUUGCACUUACUAUUGACAUAUCCUCAUCCUCAUCAGGGGCACUAGGUGGUCCUUUGCCCCCUCUGGACAGCCCUGAAGGAUAGUUCUCAAUAGCUCUGGUUGGCCUGUAGAGGCCUGUCCAGCUGGUGUUGCAUGCCUGCAUGCCCCUUGUCGUGGGCUCCCACAAGAGUUUACUGUUUGCUUGUGCUAUGUACAGACCCAGGCUGAAACCAGUGCCAAACAGCCCUUACUGGGUCCAUUUCAACAACUGCCUUGUGAAAGGAAGGCAGACUCUAAUUCAAACUACAAACUUCUCUGCUGGUUUUUCUGUGAUUCAACUUAUUAUUUCCCCUUCCCCCAUUUUUUGUCUUUACUAAUGACAACUUUAUACUAGAGAGAAAGUUGGCCUUCUAAAAGAUGUUUUGAGCAAGUUAAUUUCUUUAGAUCUGUACUGUCAAUGAAAUUAGAACACAGUUUGUGUCAGUUCUAGACUAGGACUCACCCUAGCCAAAAUUGGAGGUCUUGGCUCCUGUAGAUUUCAGGUAACCCCCAAGCUUCAUUCUGCCCAGUGUCCAGAAGAGUUAGGGUGAGUCUGUUUGAUUGUGCAAAAUGUGAAGGGGCAAAUGGAGUUCUGAGUGUUAACUAAGGAGUACCUGAAGCUUACCUAAACCUUUUGUGUGUUUUAAAAAUGAGAGCAUGUUAGUUGCUCCACAUGGCACACUUCACUAGUCUUAGAAGGUUGUAUGUACAUUUAUGCUGCUGGACACCACCAAGUGAACAGGCCACAAGGCCUUCCCCAUGUGGCAGCUAUGGAGAAUCAGUUAAGACCCCUCUAGGCUCCUGUGUAGCCAGAGCUGGAGAGAGGUGAUGUCACUGGUGAUGCAUCUAGAUACCAAGCUAGUAGCAUGAGGAUUUGGCUUCUAGGGAUCUGCCUUCUCAUGGAAUCAGAUGCAUAGCUGACUCAGGGUCAAUGCAUGGAGUCACUGGAGAUGAGGGGGUGCCAUUGUAUGUAUCUUCUUUUUCUUCUUCUUCUGAGUUAGGGUCUUGCUGUAUAGCUCAUACUGGUCUGUUUGCACUUCACAUCCUUGUUUGUUAAUGAGGUAAGAGGAAGGAUACUUUACCAAGAAGAAAAAUAUUUUCCUGCUCCAUUAUGUUUUUGAACUUCCUGAAGCUUAAAAUUACACUAGGCUUUUGAGAUUUCAGAAAUUUUAAUCUUCUGACUCCAGAGAUGGAGUCAUGAGGGAAGGUUAGAUUUCUCAGAACAACAAAAAAAAAUUCAUAUUUCCCCAGCCAUUAAUUUUCCUGCAGGAAGCUGAAGUCUUGGUGGUAACCUGUGUGUAUGUGGGCAUGUGCAUGUAUGCCCUGUGUGUGUUUUGUGUAUGAGUUCAGCUGAAUAGAGCAGCAGAUAGUGUAUGUAGAGUGACGUGGAUAAGUCUGGAGACUGUUGAUUUCAGCACCUACCAUCUAGAACAGCAUCAUUUCCAGCAUGCAUCUGUUAUAUACAGUAUCAACAAAUGAUGCACAAGAUUUUUUUUGCUGAUGUUAUGCUUUUUGAUUAAAGUAACUAGAAACAAAUAGGUGUAUUUUGAUACCAAAAGACCAGGCUCUGUGUCUUACUGUUAGUUAAAAAAUUGAACCCUAGCAUUGCUUUGACUAUCUGAGUAAUUAUUGUCAUUAUAAAAAUGAUGAUGAAAAACUGUGCUCAUAGUUAGAAAAUGUAUAUGGUUCAAAACAGUCUCCCCUUGCUCCCAUUUUCUCCUAGGGAUGGUUUCAGAGAGGGAGAAAGAAAAGAUAUGGACAGAGAGGGGGGAGAGCAUGGAGAGACAUUGUCAUUGAUUCCCUAGAACUCAUGCUUGAAAGGUGUCAGACACCUAGUGUUUUGUCCUAGACAGCUUUUCAUAAUGACAUCUAAAGGUCUACCUCAUUCCUCCUAAUAGCUGCUUAGAGUUCCACUCCAUUGGUGGCUCAUAAUUUGUUGGGUUAGCCUUUUAGCGGUGAACACAUAGCUACGAUAGUUCCAGGUUUUAUUUUUAUACACAGCCUGUAGUUAGCAUUUUGGUGCAUACUUUGUCAUAGUUUUGUUUAUAAAUUCCAGUUUAGAAAUGGAACUACUGGAUCUAAAACUACGUGCAUUUACACUUUUGAUAAAUUUUUCCAGAUGGUCCUCUGUAAACUGGUCAGUGGAUACCCCUAUUCGGAGUGUAGUGAAAGGGCCAAAUUCUCAGAUUUCUGGUGUUAAGUAUUUUCAAAUUUAAUUUUUCCAUUCCCAAUCUGACUGGUAAAAAUGAUAAGGCAAAAACCAUUUUGAUUUUAGUUCAU